GGCGGAAAAACACGAGCGAGAGCAGGCCACGUUCAAGAAUUUGUUAAUAAUAAUGCCCGUUUCUUAGUAAAGUAAGAUCCGGUGUUUUGUUUUGCUUUAUCCACGUGUUCCAGUAACUUUACAGUUUGCAGUUGCAACUGACGGAAAUGAAGACUCUGAUUAUUGGAGUUGGCGGGAUGACCAAUGGUGGAAAAUCUACCCUUUCCAUGAGCCUUCAUAAGAAAAUCUCCUGCAGCUGCAUCAUUGCGCAGGAUUCUUAUUUUAAGCAUGAUUCUUUGGUACCAGUGGACAGUAAUGGGUUCAAGCAGUAUGAUGUGCUCGAUGCUUUGCACAUGGACAAUAUGAUGAGAGAAAUCAACUCGUGGCGAACAGAUCCCGAGUUGUUCCUGAGGCAUCGAGGCCUGAUCCCCGAGCCUUCAUCCACUGAUAAGAAGGUGUACGUUCUGAUUGUGGAGGGUUUCCUCAUAUUCAACCACAGGCCUCUGAAUGACCUGUUCGACAAAAGAUAUUUUUUAGAAAUACCGUAUGACGUCUGUAAGAGGAGACGAAGUUCCAGGGUGUACGCCCCCCCUGACCCACCCGGCUACUUUGAUGGAUAUGUGUGGCCAAUGUACCAAAAAAACCGCCAUGAGAUGGAGAGUAUUGUAUCGGAAAUCGUGUUUCUGGAUGGUCUGAAGCCAAAAGAGGAGCUGCUGACUGCUCUGCAUAAAGAUGUUGUUCAGGAAAUAGACAGACUCCGAGAGGAAGACUGAGGUCUGAAACAAUGACCACUGGAAGAUGGAGCCUGCUUCUCUCUGCUCUUCUUAUGAAUUCAUGUGCCUGGGAAAGGACCAAAUGUGAUGUGACUGUUGUGCUGUGGGAAUAUCUUUAAUGUAUAUCUGAUUUUUUAUAUUUUAUACAACAACAAGCCUUCCUUUCUAAACUGUCAGGUACUUUUUCCCCCUGUGAUAACCCAUCAGCAGCGAUCCACAGAUUCAUGUGGCCUCUAUGAGUGUCCCAUUGCUCAGGACGGUGGAUCUGAAGGUGAUGGUGGAUUGUGGUUUUAAGGUGGAGUCUCCUUUGUUCUUUAGAUGCUCAAUCAGAUGCCAUCUGGGAAGUUUAGGGCACUGUUUAGGGACUAGUAUCUUAUAUUGUGUGACUGCAUUGUACUGAGAGUGUCGGACUUUAGGCCCCUGGAGUGAUGUCCUUGAUUUGUAACAAUCUUUUUAGUCCAUUAAAGAAACAGCGGCAUGAAUGGUUAGGACCCAGUAGAGCAUUCACAAUAACACAAGAUUAACAGCGAUGUUCAGUGUGCGUGGUUUAAUGCUGUGGAGGAUAAUUGUAUUGGUAUUAAAGAUGUCGUGUCUUCUAAUAUUUAAAUAAUAAUUGAUAUGGCUCAGACCAUUAUCAAUGCAGCAGCAGCACAGAAGAUCAACUUCUGAGGUCCACAGUAGUUUGUCUACACCUUGUGGCUGAAUCCGAUAUUCAAAGCAAGGCCCACUCACAAGGCCUUUGCUGAUUUACACCAGUCUCUCAACAGCUGAUCCUGAGAGGAUCCUUACAAGUAGCAAUGUAGCUCAGAAGUGUAUCAAUUGAGUAUUGUUUAUUUGUGUUUUAACUGUGUCUUUCACAGCCAUACUCAUCCAGGGAAAGGAGUUAUCUUACAUGCUAUUGUCUACGCAAUGCUAGAUCUUUAACCUCUGUUUAGUAUCCAUAUCAGGAAACUGUUCUAAUUAAAUUGUGUCACUGGCUGCAUAGUUUUCUUUUUGGUUAAUUCUCAAAAACGUUUUCUCAGUCCUCAGUGUAAAUGUUCACAGGACAAAACUUUUCCAUGAGUUGAAAUGCACCGCGGACAGAAUAGUGCAGUUUGAUAUUAGGCAGCCCCAGUUUUGGAACGAUUAUCAUCACAAACAUUAUCAUGUGAUUUGAGCAGUCGUUCUCAAACAGUCCCAACAAAAUUCUCUUUUACUUACCAUAAACAGGCUAAACAGGUUAAGUUACCAUUUUGAGAGGGGAAGUACAGCUAAAGAAGAUAAGCAGUCCCUCUGUUGUUUCUCCUGAUGAAUCUCAUUCAAACGUUUGUGUUCACGUUUAGAUGUUACAGCUUUGUUGAUAAAAUACAUAUAAAAGAUUUUAAAUAUAUAUUUUACAUAUAUUAAACAUAACUUUUUUCUCAUAUAAACCUUUAUUGGAUCAAACAGAGUUGCUGAAUAGACCAUUAUUUUAGACUAAAGGCACCUGGUUAUAUGUGGCCAAAACCACAGGGUGGGUUGAGUCCCACAGCACUUCCGCUAACACUUAAUUUCAGAGGUCUGAUAACACUUAAAAGGUUUAAGCCUGGAAAGACACAAGGUAUGGUCAAAAGGUCAGCUAAAAUGCACCAACAAUUUAGCUAAUAUUUAACUUUGGGGUUACAGAGUCCUCUCACAUAGUAUAUCCAACAUGUAACAUUGCUUUUCAUACUCAAAUGUUCGAACUUUAGUCUGAAUACAGCAGAAUUUUUCUGUUUUGGUGUAACUUUUCAACAUAUAUAUUUACUUUAAACAGAGGAAUGAGCUGCUCAAACAUUGCAGUACUAACAUAGACUCAUUCAAACCUGAUCUUCAUACAUUUGCCAGACGUAAAGGACUUGAAGUGAAAAGAAACGCUGAAGUGUUUCUUGAUUGUUGUGUAAUCUAAGUUGGAACUUCAGCUGUUUCAGUACAUGUUGCUGUCAACCACAGCUUUUUCUUUUUUUCUAUAAGUGUGUUAACAUUUCAAAGUGACACACUUCUGUAAAUGCUCUUGUGGCUGUUCAGCUGUAAAACUGCUUAUGCAUCUUUUUUUUUUUCUAUGGUCACUUGGGGUUAUAACCAAUGUAUUAAAAAAGUGACC